AGAUGCAAUGCCAGCAGACUGCCGCUUUAGAUUUGCGUCAGGGUCAAGGUUUUUCGCGCGAGUAUUGGUCCAAUCUCACGAAUUUAUCGACCAUUUCCGUGCUCGAGGUGGAGAUAUGGCGCUAUAGAGGUGGUGAAACGGUCCCACUAAACAAGGAGUUUUUGCAUCACGCCCUCAAAUUCUUCAUGGACCCUCACGCGCACGUUCAUAGAAGUCCAAGAGCGUGGCCGAAUGAAUGUCGUCACAAUUCAGUGAUCCGCUUCCAAGGCCUCCGAUGCCAAGGGCCUACGAAUUGCGGGAAGUGCAUGUAUGUCAUCAAAUUGUCAUAGAUUAGAUUCAAUUCCAGUGGGGGGGGGGGGU